UCGUCAGAACAUGUUUGUGUCGCUUACCUCACCGGUCGGCAUCAUUUUCACCGCGACGAUGGUCAAACUCGGUUUCUAGUUGGUUUAGUUAGUUUAAAAUGUACCGCAGUAGGUGAAAGUGUAACCCAGAAUUGGCUUGUCCUGUGCAUUGUUUAGUGAACCAUUUCGUGGACUUUUCUUUGGUUGUGUUUGGGUGGUGCAAAGGAGGAGAAAAUCGCAGGUAGCAAAGCGCAUACCCAACGAUGAUCACGAUUGACCGACGCCUGGCGGCGGGUGUGCUGUUGUUGGUCUGUCUGUUACCAUUCCUCUGCCAUGGCAAGGAAGCGGAACCGCAGAAAGAUUUAAUGUUCCUCGAACCGGGACGCCUCGUAUCGUACACGUACGAUGAGUGGAGCAUCACCCGGCCCGGGCUGAUCGUUUACUGCUACCCGGGGCAGCAGGAAAGCUUGCUGAACGCGUUCUGCACCGUCUCGAUACGGAUGCACUGCGAUCAUGACAACUACAACCAGUACCUCGGUAGCUCCCCGGCCGAGGUGAAAAAGCACUACAAGGCGGAACAGAGCCUGUUCAGCUUCAAUGUGUUUGCGUCCCGCAAGCGCCGGCAGGUGGAGCUGGAACCGUUCAACCAGAGCUGUCUCGGCGUCGUUUCAUCCGGCAAGUACGACAUCGAGGUGCUGCUGAACCGGUUCGAUCUGUGGCGCGUUGGACUGCUCGUGCUGGGCGUGCUGCUGUUCUUUAUCGCCCUGCCCAUGAGCCAAAACCCACUGUUCUACUACACCGGCGGUAUUCUUAUUGGAUUAACCUCGUUCGCCCUUGCGCUGGUGUACAUGUUCAGUAAGAUGAUGCCGUAUCGGCCCCUUAUGCUCGGCGUAAUGGUCGGUGGUUGGACGCUCGGUUUCUACGGCAUGCAGAUGAUGUACGAAAAUUUGCGCCUAAUUUUUGUGCUUUACCAGCACUACGUGUUUUGGUAUUUGGCGAUCGUUGGUUCGAUCAGUUUCUUCGUGUGCUAUCGGCUUGGCCCACCGAAGGAUCGCCGUAGCAAGCGCGUCAUCCAGUGGACGCUGCAGCUGAUCGCACUGACGAUGGUGUUCUUCAGCAGCUACCAGCGCCAGCUUUCGACCGGCUUCGUGCUGAUCGUGAUUGGGGCGUACUAUCACGCGACACCGUUGAACGCGCUGCGCUGGGUACGCAACCGGUUCCGCAGCCGGUAUCCGGGCAAGCGACGGUUGCUGACGGUGGAAGAGUUCGAGGAGCAGGGCCGGAUCGAGACGGACCGUGCGCUGAAGGAUCUGCGCGAGUACUGCCGCAGCCCGGAGUGCAAGCAGUGGACGACGAUGAUGAGGUUGAGGGAUCCGGUACGGUUUGCGUCGUUCGUCGAGGGAUCGCCGCACGUGAUGGAGGAGGAGUGCUUCGAGUACGAUACGGUACACUCGAGCAUCAGCAACGAUGAUUCGGACGAGGUGGUGGAAUUGACCGAAGGCGAAGAGGACUGAUCGGGAGGGGGUUAGCGUUGUAAUAGUUUGCCUGUUAAGGGUUUCUAUCUCGAACAAAUAGAGAUACACCUCUUCACUCAAAGCAAAGCGGAACACUCUAUAGAAAUUGGAGGUAAUAUUCAUAGAACUUUCGGCUUACAUUUUAACUUUACCUAUCGUUUCUGAUAUCGGCAGCACCAAUAUUGUCAAAUGCUUUACUUCGAUGCUUAGGUAAUCAUUAUUGUAGAUACAUCAGCAGCUGCCCCGAAAAUUAUGUGUUGAAGUGUUCAUACUUAUCCAGGCGUGUGUGGUGAUAAACCUAAUUAAUGUUUGUUGUUGUAACCGGCCAUACUAAAUGCCUCUAGUUGAGACAAUAAGACUUGAUCGUAGGAGGAGAUGUUGGUAGAUUCGGUAAAAAGGAUAAAAGUAACUACUUGUGCCAGCAGCUUUUGUGCCGCGAAGGGCCUGCCGCGUGUCGUGUGAACAUAACAUAUGUAAAUAAACGUAAGAAGUUCAUAAAAGUU